GAAAGGUUUUCCUGUCUUCCCUGUUGGUCUAAAAAUGGCGGACACGUGCGGCCAAAUCUUGUUGGGAUCCGGCCUCACCGUCGUCUCCCACCCUUUGAUGUACAUUAAAGUCCUCAUUCAGGUGGGACAUGAGCCGCUGCCCCCCACCCUGGGCAGGAACAUCUUUGGCAAACCAGUGCAGCAGCUGCCUGGAUUGUUUGCUUAUGCAAAACACAUAGUUAAAAUUGAUGGGAAAGCGGGUCUCUUCAGUGGACUUGUUCCACGGCUCUACGCUGGAGCUAUUGGAACAUUUGUGCACAGCAAAGUUGCACAGAAAUGCCAGGAACAGGACGCACUUCGGGUCCUGGGGAGUGAACAGAAGCCUGCCGAGGGCUCCCUGCAAUCUGUUGUCAAUGAGACGACCAAAGAGAUGAUUGCUCGCUCCUGUGCCACCAUCAUCACAUAUCCGUUUCACUUGAUUACUUUGCGAUGUAUGGUCCAGUUUAUUGGGAGGGAAACAAAAUAUUGCGGGGUGUUUACUUCCUUCGUCACAGUCUACAGAGAAGAGGGCAUUUUGGGCUUCUUUGCUGGUUUGAUCCCCCGGCUGCUGAGCGACAUCCUGUCUUUGUGGAUUUGUAAUCUGCUGGCUCACUGCAUCAACACGUACGUCAUCGAUGACUCGAUGAGUCACACGGGUGAACUGAAGAGCUGCUCUCAGGCGGUGACGGGGUUAUUUGCCAGCAUUCUCACAUACCCUUUUGCUUUGGUGUCCAGCCUCAUGGCUGUCAAUAACUGCGGGCUCGCCGGAGGCCUGCCCCCUUAUGCAGCUGUAUAUCCAACCUGGGUGGACUGUUGGAGGCAUCUAAGCAGAGAGGGCAACAUGAGCAGAGGCAACAGCGUACUUUUCCGGAAGCUUCCAGUAGGAAAGAGAUACGCAUUUGACCAGAAGAGAUUUUUUUAAAAGCCCCAAGAGAACUGAGCUGAACAUAAUUGUGAUAAUAAAAUAAAACUAAACAAACAACAACGAAAAAAUAAUAAUAAUUUCUGGGGUUUGCAUUACCAUUUUUUUAAGCAAUUGUUUUUUGUUACUUUUUAUUUUGUAACGUCUGCAGCCAUCUGAAAUGAUUGAUUCCAGUUAAUUCCAGCAGGGGGUGGUAAAGUAACAAAGAUGUAAACUGCAGGAAGGAUCAUGAAGAAAUGUAGUUUUUCUUUAUCAAAACUUCGUGUGUAAAACGGGCGAAGCUGACUGCUACCUUUUUGUGUAAUGUUGUUACAAACCAACAAGAAUUCGCCUCCUUUAAUCAAUGUUUUAUGUUUUUAUAGAUUAUCUAAUAACUUAAUUAUAGUUUAUAAUUUCUGGAAGUUGCUCUUCAGUCUGCAUGUGGUAAUGUGUAAUGGUUCACAUGUGAAUGAUCCAGUAAGUUCUGCUGCACUCUGCUGGCUGGGUGAGCACGGAGUGUUUGUAUCUACUCGUACUGAUUGACCCAAAUAAAAAUCAACUUGAACAGUU